CCUCAUGUCCAGGCCAUUGAGAAACAGAAUUCUGUCUCCAGCUCUGAGUCCAGACACCUCAGCAGGACUUCCUGGAAAAGAACAGUCAUAGUAAAACAGUGAAUAUAUCCCAGUGAGAGCUUCCAAGACAACAGCAAUAUAGCAUGCUCUGGCAAUAUAAAGAAAGGAUCUGGUACUCCGGUUGGGAUUGUGACUUUGCUACUAAAAAUCAGGGUUAAAAUGGACUUCCUCUGGCUCUUCACCUUCUAUCUCCUUUCCAUCAUUAUGCUCGUUUCCAUUUUCUGCUUUGUGUCUGGAAGAUCCAGGAGUAGAUUGGACAGAAUAUUUGGGAGAGCAGAGGAGAUGCUGUCCCUUGUGCUCCCUACAUGGCUGCAGAGCUGGUUCCAGACGAGGAGUGGAGCCUUUGUUGUUCUACAUCUCAUCCUGGAUGCUUUGGUUUUUGCAGAGUACACCUGGGAAGUGUUUGGCUACUGUGUGGAACUGGAAAUGCAUUUGCGGUUUCUUUUAUUGCCAUAUAUUUUAAUAUCCGUCAACCUUUAUUUCUUCUACAAGUGCUGUGUUACGGACCCAGGUGUCAUAACCAAGCAAAAUGUAACCUUGUUCACACAAGUAUAUGGAUAUGAUGAGAUCUUGUACCACAUUGGCAAUGUGUGUAAGACCUGUCACCUGUGCAAGCCAGCCAGAUCCAAACACUGCGGUGUGUGUGGCUGCUGUGUACAACGCUUUGACCAUCACUGCGUCUGGGUAAAUAACUGUAUUGGAGCUUUAAACAUCAGAUACUUUCUGCUCUACCUCUUCAGUUUGACGCUCACUGUCCUCUCCUUGGCCUGGGUCAUUACAGCAUUCCUCCUGCAGGUGGUGCUGCUCUCUCACAUGAUGACUGCAGCCUAUGUUAAUAUUGAUGGACAGGAACAUGUGAUGAACAUUGCCGUCAUAAUUCAGCACCUUUUCCUAACAUUUCCUCGUAUAGUCUUCACACUGGGAUUCCUCAUUGUUCUGGUGCUUCUCGUGGGAGGCUAUGGAUGCUUUGUGUUCUACCUGUGCCUCACCAACCAAACUACCAAUGAGUGGUACAAGACAAGGAGGCACGCUUCUGCCAAUAGGUCACUAACUGAUAAAGGCUACUCGAAAGGACUUAAGACAAAUAUACAAGAAAUAUUCCUCCCCCAUUCAUUCUACAAGAAGGGCAGAUAAACCACUCAAUUUCCCAAUCUACAAAGCCAAUAUCAUGAGGACCAUGGGGGUUUACUUAUACAAACGAAUGUGGAAAGGGUUCAGAGUUAUUCACUAAACUAGGAAAUGGAAUUCUCAUUUUAGACCAAUAUAAUGAAACUGACAAUAUUGUUUCAGGAUUUUUGCUUAAUAAGCUAUUUUGGUCUAAACGUUUUUUAGAAUUCUCUUGAACUCCGUUUGAGUAACACGGAGUCUACCAGUAAUCAUGAAGACCCUCUUCAAGAAAGCAAGAAAACGGGGGCGGGGCCUGACAGCCAACAUGGCAGGACGUGCUCUAUGAGAGCUCCAGCAAAAACGGGCAGAAACUUGGCAAUCCCGGCUACAUUAACAAUGCCAGCACCACACGGGAUCCAAAAACAAGUGCAGGACCUUACCGGGAACAGAAUGACACCCGACUUGCACCGCGUCACACUGCGAGCACAAGCUCCGACCAUGCGGCCUAAACUGGAGCGGAGCCCGAGGCCUGGGGGAGGCGGCCGAUCCCCCGGCAUAGGACCUGCUCCCAAGCGCAACCUGACGACUGCCCCGCUGCCCCCCCCCCUCUGGACCGGCGGGGGAUAUCCCGGUCCUCGCAGGGGACGAUUACCCCCCCUACACAGCUCCAAAAAGCGACGAAACAUGAGGCUAAACAGGACUACAAGGGUCCAGUCAAGAUGGCGGCCAAAGCACGAACGGCGCCAAAACGCUCCCUCACUAAGCCACCUGAAAGCAUCUGGGAAUUUCUUGAACGGCUCAGCAAUCACUUAUGGACCAAACUCCAUAUCAGAGGCCGGUCCCUCCACUUAGCAAUAUGUGCACUGGCGGCAUGGAUACGACCAGCGACCCGGCGCCAAUUAGUCAGAUACUUACCUACA